AUGCAAAUCCAAUCCUGUAUCCUCGUUGUCAUGUUGGCUGCUAUUGGCACUGCUAUUGCUGACACUGCUUGUCAACUGUCAAUUGAGAAGGCCAAGUUGAGUCCCUCAACUACCCAUCUUAGAAUUCGUGGCAACAUUGAUGUCGGCAACAAUGAUUGCAAGCCUACCAGCAAUGAUACUGACAAUGUUAUCACCACUGUCAUCUUCAAGUCAAAGAAGAACUUUUCUUUCCAAGAUGCCAACCAUGUCACUCAUUCUGGUAAUGAGUGCAAUAUCACUGCCAAAUGGUACAACAAGCCUGAUGAAUACAAUGACAACAAGAAAAAAACCCAAGUCUACGUUCCCCUCAGAUUCAUUGAAGAGAUCAAAUGUAACAAGGAUGUCUCUACUACUCCCUCUACUUCUACCAAGAAGUCCAAGCACAGCACUAGAAGAAAAAAGACUACUACCAAGAGAAAGACUACCAAGAAGACUACCAAGACUACCAAGAAGACUACCAAGAAGACUACCAAGAAGACUACCAAGAAGACUACAAAGAAGACUACAAAGAAAACAUCAGGUGGAUCUGCCUCUUCUACCAGCGGUGAACAUUACAGUGGCAAGGCUACGUUUUUCACCCCCAACCAAGGUGCUUGUGGCGAUUGGAAUGAUGACCACGAUUACAUUGCUGCUAUUGGUGGUUCUCUCUACGGUAGUUACAGUCAUGAAAGCAAGUACUGUAACAAGAAGGUCAAGGUUGUCAACAAGGCUAAUGGCAAGAGUGUUACUGUUACUAUCAAGGAUGCUUGCGAAAGCUGCGACAAGACUCAUAUUGAUCUUUCUCCUGCUGCCUUUGCACAAAUUGGCAAAUUCGAUACCGGCAUCCUCAAGGUUGAUUGGUAUAUUCAAUAG